AUGCAGGACAGGGAUGCAUCAGGACAGCAAGGGGGCCCAGAGCACCAGCAUGAAGGGACUAUGCCUUCAAAUCUGAAGAGAAGCAAGGCAACCUCGGUGAAGAAGACCAGCUCAACACCGGCCGUGGCCAUGAGAGCGCAGAAGAUGGGGUGUGCUUGGGGCAGGCUUUGCCUGCUGCUCUCCCUCCUCCUCCAGCUGCCAGCCUCCCAGGCUAAAUGCUACUUCCAGGCUAAAGCUCCCUGUGAGUACGAGGGGAAGCAGUUCUCCCUUGGGGAGUCGUGGCUGAGCACCAACUGCCUGCUCUGCACCUGCCUGCACCCCAUCGGCGUGGGCUGCUGUGAGACCACCCAGCACCCCAUUGACUUCCCUGACUGGUGUGAGGCCCACUACGACUCGCAGACCUGCCAGAUCUCGGUGGUGCAGAAGGCCAACCCCAGCUUGCCCUGCGUGGAGAGCAUGGAGCACGAGUGGGGCUCAGCUGGCACCCCUGAGCCUCUGAGCAACAAGUUGCUGGGCGCGGGGCUGACCAGAUAGAGGCUUGGCAGAGCGCUGCGACCCCUCAGCAUCAUCCUCCCUCCUCCAGAGCACACCCCCCGCAUGCUCCAGACCUGCCGCAUCCCGUAGAGACAUCACUGCCGCCACCUUCAAGGGAAACCACUAUCCACACACUAUGGUACUGAGUUAACAUUUACACCCUAGCGCUGCCACAGUACGGCUUUGCUUCUGCCUUCAGCUUCCUGAACUGAACCAGGGCCCCCACCCCACCCGACACCCUGCACACUACAGGAAUGCAGAUCCUACGGGAUCUCCUCCCAGGUGGGCAGGAAACCUCCAGCUACUAAAGAAAGGGCUACAGGACCAGAUUAGCCUGCAUCCCAGCAUUCUUGUCAUCCCGCCUCAAGCUUUAAGCUAAGCAGUCCCUCCUCCCUCCCAGACCACCCCACCCCCACACAGCAGCUGCUGGGAGCUCGCUGGGGAGCACCACGGCCCUUGGUGCAGGACCCACGCACCCUGGCCAGCUCCUUCUCUGCCCUAGAGUGCGAGGGGCACAACCCACCUCUGGAACCACUAACACCCCUGCUCCUGCGGCUCCUGGGACGGCAGGGGGUCUCCAGCACUGCACGCCAGCCCUGGGCAAUACUGCAACAGAGCCAGCCCGGGGCAGGUGGCAGAGUGGGGGAAACCACUAGAAGAUUAUGUCCCCAGGGGAGGCCCCCAUCCCCAGCAGCAGAGCAGGACACUGAGCCGGGUGCCCCGCUAGGGUUCAGGGAGCUGAAGCAAUCUGCAUGUGGCAGGGUGGAGCUGGCCGCUCUGGCAGCCUGAGCCAGCUGGUGCCAUGCCUGUGU